AUGGGCAAGGAUAUGUCUCUCGGAUGGAAGAAAGUCGGGUCUAGCGGCUUGUCUUGGUUUUUUUCGCCUUUUCGAUAUGCGGAGAUUUAUAACGAAAUCGAUGCUCAGAAGCUGCAUUGUCAAUGGGCUCUGAAGUGCUCAGCGGUCAUCGGUGAUGGUCCUCGAUUGGGAAAAUCACGUCGACAUAUGGAAGAGACGCUUCGUCCCGAGGACCAGGCUCGUCCAGCUACUAUGCGAGAAGAGCAUUUAUUGUCCGCGGAUGCAAACGGUAUCGAGAAUCGACGACUAUGUUUACUGGGGCCGCUUCUGCUUCAAGUACGGGCGAGACCUGUGAGAGCACCGAAGGGGAGACUGUUCACUGGCGCCAAAGGUGCAUCCACUGAAAAGCCAGUUUUGAACGCGGUUACAUGCAAGCACGAAUAUUGGACCUAUAUUGGCGGACGUCAGUACCCUCCCCCCAACCCCUCCUUUCCUCGUAUAAAUGGCCCCGCGGAUCCUCUUGCCUGCAUCACAAACAUGAACACCAACCGCAACCAGCUGUGCUCUACCAACAGCAACAAAACCACCCGAUGCGACCAGACAUUAUGGUCCAUCAAGCAUAUGCGGAACCAUCUCGACCUAUCUGGUCGACACCCGUACCGCCAUACCUGUAGGCGGGGUUUCUUGAACAAUAACUCCUAUAAGAUGCCACUGUUCCUAUCGGAUUAUCAUCACUGUUGUGACGAGGGCGAUGAGGAGUUCCAGUCCUCCUCUGCUCUUAAUCAGCAUGAUGAGCAACCAAGUCGGCACAACUGCUAUUACGAAGAAGGUGAUUGCGAGAGGAGCCCUGAAGGGUUGGAAGAUGCUGGCUCGCAAGGAAGAGCAGGGGAACCAGGAAGAGGCUGUCGCCCUCGAAUAAAUCGAAGAGGAAACUCCGAUGUUCCGGGUGGAGGUUGGUAUCGCGAUCUUGCAUCUCAAGAAACGAAUGCAACGCCAGCCUAUACCAAAAGCCACUGUGAAACAGACAUGACCGGUGUGCUUGUGUCCAUCGUAAGUUCUCUUCUCUCGCAGUGUAAGGGCAUGUAA